UCUUCGACGCAGAAAAUAUCGCGUCCCAAAUCUGCUCGACGCCAUCAAAAGGCACUGAAAUGGCUUCGUCGGAGUUCAAAGAGACCUUGAGAAGCAUUUGAGAAGACAUUACAAAGAACUAAUAUUCUGGAGCUUAUUGACUCAAUCUGGCAUAUCUCUAAGAAAAUCAAGAUCUAGUUAUACUGAUAAGACCAUGUCCUCGGAAGAAGAGCAAGCAGAGGUAAAAUUUCAAGUUACAGUUAUGGAUAUGUAAUACAUGCUUGUCUCUCGAACAAGAUCACUCUUCCCACUCAAUUUCAUAGCCUUAUUGUGACAACUGAGGAGUUAACGAGAUGACAUUAUGGCUCAAUUCCAACCUCACUUGCGCUCAGCUGCUUCUCUAAUGGAUAUAGAAUUCAUAGUUUUUUUGAGAAUUGCCUGGAUUGCAGCCAUACUUCCAAUAGUUGUGGCAUCUAUUCCAGUUAAACCUUUUAAUUUCCUUCAGAGUUUGCUCUUAAAAUUUGCUGCUAGAGGAAAAACCUCACAGUCUUCAGAUAAAUUCUCAAUUCCUCAAAGAUACUUCUUACAUUUCUAUGUCUUAGCUGUGGUGUUAACAACAUGGUUGGCCCUUUCAACAUGGCUCUAUGCAUAUAAUGCUGAUGACCAUAUAGCUUCUGCUGGGGACAGAAUUAAGGCUUGGAGAACCGUAUUUGUUCUUUUAUUGAUGGAAGCUCAAGUCUUGAGACGCUUAUAUGAGUCAAAAUGCGUGUUUAUUUAUAGCCCAUCAGCUCGGAUGCACAUCGUUGGCUACUUCACUGGUUUGUUCUUUUAUACAGCAGCGCCUCUUUCACUUGCCAGUAAAUUUUCCCUGGAGGCAUUGAGUUAUUCAGUUAAUCUAUUGACGGAAUUCACAGUCAAAGGGCCGACUGAAUUACCGGUUGACUUCACAUGGAAGGAAAUAUUGAAACCGGUUAUCGGUUUGGGAUGGUGUCAGUGGAUUGGGUCUACUAUUUUUAUGUGGGGUUGGUUACAUCAGCUUCGUUGUCAUCAAAUUCUUGGGUCUUUGCGUGAAAAUAAAAGAGAGAAUGGCUAUGUAAUCCCCCAUGGUGACUGGUUUGAGUAUGUCUCUUGCCCACAUUAUCUUUUCGAAAUCGUGAUAUAUGCUGGGAUUUUGGUUGCUAGUGGGGGUUUGGAUUUCACUUUGUGGCUCGUUUUGUUGUUUGUCGUAGCAAAUCUAGUAUUUGCAUCAGCGGAGACUCAUCGAUGGUAUCAUCUUAAGUUGGAUAGUUAUCCCGAGUCCCGGAAAGCUAUCAUUCCUUUUAUAUAUUAAUCAUCAGAAACUAUGGCAUUUGAUCAUGUCAUAUCAAACAAGAGGAAAAGUUCAAAUGAAGAAUGGCAAUUCAAUUUGCUUCAGGAUCACUUAAAAUUCCAAAAAAAAAAAGGCUUUUAGGGGCUUCGUUUUCCGCUGUGCAUAGGCUCGCAUCUAUUAUUAAUUUCGCUUCAGUUACCUAUUUGUAUAAUAUGCAUUCUUUUUCUGCAAUCAAACAUCAACAAAAACAAGAUUAUGUCAA